GCCUGUCAGAGGCCGAGCCAUUAACGACAGGGCUGGGGAGAGAAGUGGUGCUGCGGCUGUUUUCAGGAACUUGCCUUGAAGAGGAGAGCAGAGACCAGCGAGGCCAGGCAGGCGCCCAGCCGGCCAGCCGCAGGCUCCAGCAUGGGCACACUGAGGCUCAGAAAGGCGAAGUAACUUGUUCAAGAUCACCAAGCUGGUGAGCAUCAAGUCCGCACUAUGGUGGCAGGGCUGGGAGCCUGGAGCCUGGCGGGAGCUGUUCUGAUCAUCCUGCUGCUCCCCAGAAGCCUGGAGGAGUGCGGGUACAUCAGCCUCCCAGCCCCCAUCAUCCGCCUAGGGGAUCCCAUCACAGUGUCCUGCAUCAUCAACCAGAACUGCACCAGCCUUGGCCCACAGUCACAGAUUCGAUGGAAACUGGACACAGAGCUUCAGCCUGGGGGGAGGCAGCAGCACCUGCCGAAUGGGACCCUGCAGUCCACCAUCACCUUCCCCCACUUCAACUACUCUCGGGCCCUUCUCUCCUGCUGCCUGCACUGGGGCAACGGCCUGCAGAUCCUGGACCAGGCAGAGCUGCAGGCAGGCUACCCUCCCCCCACACCCUACAACCUGUCCUUCCUGAACCUCACAACCAACAGCCUCAUGUGCCAGUGGGAGCCAGGCCCCGACACCCACCUCUCCACCCACUUCACCCUGAAGAGCUUCAAGAGCCGAGGCAACUGCCAGACCCAGGAGGAUUCCAUCCCCGACUGCGUGCCUGAGGAUGGGCAAAACCACUGCUCCAUCCCCCGCAAGCAUCUGCAGCUAUACCAAAAUAUGAGCAUCUGGGUGCAGGCUAAGAACGCGCUGGGGACCAGCACAUCCCCAAAGCUGUGCCUUGUUCCCAUGGACAUGGUGAAACUGGAGCCUCCCACCCUGUGGGCCCUGGAGCCCAGCCCUGAGGUGGCCCCACCGCAGCCUGGCUGCUUGAGGUUGCACUGGGAGACAUGGAAGCCAAGCCUGCACAUAGAGCAGAAGUGUGAGCUGCGCCACCAGCCACAGCGUGGAGAAUCCAGCUGGGACCUGGUGGGUGCCCUGCCCUCCAGGUCCCUCCAGUAUGAGCUCUGCGGGCUCCUCCCAUCCACAGCCUACACACUGCAGAUGCGCUGUACCCGCUGGCCCCUGCCCGGCCUCUGGAGUGACUGGAGCCCCCGCCUGGAGCUGACCACGGCACAGCAGCCCCCCAUCGUCAGACUGGACACGUGGUGGCGGCAGAGGCAGCUAGACCCCAGGACAGUGGAUGUGCAGCUGUUCUGGAAGCCAAUGCCCCUGGAAGAAGAUAGUGGGCAGAUCCAAGGGUACCUGGUCUCCUGGAGACCCUCAGACCAGGCUGAGGCAGACCCCAUCCUCUGCAACACCACGGAGCUAAACUGCACCUUCCAAUUGCCUUCAGAAGCCCGGGAGGUGGUCCUUGUGGCCUAUAACGCAGCCGGGACCUCUCGUCCCACCCCAGUGGUCUUCCUAGAGAGCAGAGGCCCGCCCCUGCGCAGACUCCGUACCACUGCCCGAGAUCCUCACAGCCUCUGGGUGGGCUGGGAGCCCCCCAGCCCUCGGCCUCAGGGCUAUGUGAUUGAGUGGGGCCUCGGUACCCCCAGCCCCGGCGGCAGCCCUAUGACCUGGCGGAUGGAGCAUAAUGGAAGCAUUGCGGGGACCCUGCUGCAGGAGAACAUCAAGCCCUUUCAGCUCUACAAGAUCACUGUGACCGCCCUGUACCAGGAUGCCAAGGGACCCUCCCAGCACAUCUACGCCUACUCCCAAGAGAUGGCGCCCUCCCAUGGCCCAGAGCUGCAUCUCAGGCACAUUGGCAAGACUUGGGCUCAGCUGGAGUGGGUACCCGAGGCCCCUGAGCUGGGGAAGAGCCCCCUCACCCACUACACCAUCUUCUGGACCAACGCUCGGGACCAGUCCUUCUCCACUGUCCUGAAUGCCUCCUCCCAUGGCUUUGUCCUCCGUGGCCUGGAGCCUGCCAGCUUGUACCAUGUCCACCUCAUGGCUGUCAGCCAGGCAUGGACCACCAACAGUACAAGCCUCACCCUGAUGACCUUGGCCCUUGAGGAGUCUGAGCUGUACAUCCUUCUGGGCCUGUUCGGCCUCCUGGUCUUGUUCUUCUGCCUCUGUGGGGCUGCCCAGCUCUGCUGUAGACCCAGGAAGAAUCCCCUCUGGCCAAGUGUUCCAGACCCAGCCCACAGCAGUCUGGGCUCCUGGGUGCCAACCAUCACAGCAGAAGAUACCUUCCAGCUGCCCAGCCUUCGGGACCCUGGCAUGCCACCCAUCACCAAGAUCACAGUGCUGGAAGAGGAAGAGAAGAAGCCAGGGCCCUGGGAGUCCAAGCCAGGGCCCUGGGAGUCCAAUGACAGCUCAGGGACCUGCAGCCGCCCCACUCUGGUCCAGGCCUAUGUGCUCCAGGGGGACCCAAGAGUACCUGCCACCCAGGCCCAGCCCCAGUCCGGCACCAGUGACCAGGUCCUUUAUGUACAGGUGCUGGGCAGCCCCACGAGCCCAGGGCCUGGGCACUACCUCCGCUGCGACUCCACUCAGCCCCUCUUAGGGGGCCUCACCCCCAGCCCCAAGUCCUAUGAGAACCUCUGGUUCCAGACAAGCCCCCUGGGGACCCCAGAACCCUUAGUCCCAAACCCAGAGGAUGAUUGUAUCUUUGAGCCACUGCUUGACUUCCCUCUCCUGCAGGGGCUCCGGGUCAGUGGGGCAGAAGGGCUAGGGGGCUUCUAGGGCUUCCUGGGACCCCGACCUGGGCCUGCUUCUUGAUAAGCCUGGACCAUCCAAAGAAGAGGAGGUCAGUAAGCCCAUCACUAAAACAAAACACCAUCCAGCCCCAGCAAAGGCAGAAAGGCUCCCAGAUGCCCCCAGCAUGCCUCCCCCAACACCCCCAUCUCAUUGGGCUGGGCCUCCCACUUCAAAGGCCAGAGAAUGCUUUGUCCAGACCUGUCCACUAGCCUUUUGUACUUUUUUCCUGUAAUUUCAGUGUCUUAAACUGGUUUAAGGUUUGA